AUGUCUUCUACCAGUUUUCACAAAGUUUUAAACUCUUCUAAGCACAUAGUCGCACUAUGUGGCGCAGGUUUGAGUGCUGAAUCUGGGAUACCGACAUUUAGAGGGGAAGGAGGUCUUUGGAGACAGUUUUCUGCAAUUGAACUUGCUGAUCCAAAUGCUUUCAAGAGAAAUCCAUCUCGAGUAUGGCAGUUUUAUCAUUAUAGGCGUGAGUUAGUUAUGAAAAAAAGUCGAAAUCGAGCGCACAAAGCACUCAUCGAAUUCUCGAAAAAAGUAAACUCUGCCAAACCACGAACUCAGACUUUUUCAGUAAUCACGCAAAAUGUUGAUGGACUUUUGACUACCAGUAUUAGCGAUGAUGUUAAUGGCAUCGAUAAUCUGAUUGAGAUGCAUGGGACGUUAUUCAAGACGCGAUGCACCGCAUGUGGUGAUAUUCGUUCAAAUCGUGAUUCACCAAUUGUGCCAGCAUUACAAGGAAACGAGGAUUUGAGUCUUGAUGCUGAUAUCCCGCUUGAUCAGUUACCGCGAUGUAGUUUAUGUACCGGUUUAUUGAGACCGCAUGUUGUAUGGUUUAAGGAAUCUUUAGAUAGUAUGGUGUUUGAGAAGAUUCAGAUAGAAUUGGAUAGAUGUGAUUUGAUGUUGGUUAUUGGGACUUCCGGAACUGUCUACCCAGCGGCUGGCUUUGCAUCAUAUAUUCGUGAGAAAGGCGGAAUAGUCGCAAAUUUCAAUAUUGAAAAAAUGGGCGAGGAUGCUGCUUUUGAAUUGUAA